AUGGUACACUAUUCAAAGUUUGACCAAGCAUGUGACUCUUCUGCUUUGCUGGGAUUGAUUAUAAAUAUUGACAAGUUUGAUCCAGCUCUAAAAAAGGAUGCUGUUGAUGUACGUAAUUCUGUAAGAAAUCCAUGGGCACAUUGUGAUUUCUCUGAGUUGGAUGCUACAAAGUGUCCCAAUUCUUUUCAACUGAUGAAAAAACUAGUGAAAGACCUCAAACCGGAACUAGUGAAAGACCUCAAACCGGAAAUAAUGGAAGACUUUAAACGGAAAUUCAGUGAAGAAAAGUUAAAUACAUGUAUAGAGGAAAUAGAAAAAUGGGAAAUGAAUGGUGUACGUUUUGUGAGUGGAAAUACUCAUGAUCCGGAAUUAGUCUACGAAUUACAUGAACAAACCUGUAUUCUUGCUGAAUAUCUGAACUCCUUAACAAAAACAGACUACGAAAUCAAGAGGAUCAAGAAUGCCCUUGCAAAAUUUAAAAUUAUCUUUCGUAAAAUAGGAAGACUAGAGAAAGGAUUUUCUGAAAUGAAGAAAGACAUGAAAAAGGGAUUUACUGAAAUAGACGAAGUAAGUAACGAAUUAGAAGAACAUGUUAUCAAGUGUCCCUAUCAUCAUGGUCAUGGUCAUGGUGCCACUAACCUUCAAAUUAUUGAAUGGAAAGAUCAAGAUCUCUUGUUCGUAGAAACACCUGUUGUAAAAGCUAUUUCACAGAUCAUAGAAUCAGAAAACAAGGUCUUAAUAGUAGGAGAACCGGGUAUUGGUAAGACCAUCCAAGUUUUCAAUGAACGAACACAGCUUAUAUCGAUUUCUGAUCAAGGUAGAAAAUUCACUAUACCAAUAUCCAAGAACGUUGAAAAUGAAUACUUUGAGAGAAUAAAAAAAGAUUUAGAACUUGGAAAACUGGAUCAAUCUUUUGGCAAUGCACAUAUGAAGCACGAAAAAUAUAGAAAUAAAUUUCUAGAGGUAUUAGAGUCAAUAAACAUCAAAGCCCUUACCAAUGAUCAAACUAUAUUACAACAAAACUUUAUAACAUCAUGCUUUCGAGGAUAUUAUGGUAUAGUAAAAUAUUUCAUUUUGAAUUAUGUCGAUUUAAACAAAGGAGAUUUGUACAAUACACCUUUAACAGCUGCUUGCAAAGGCGGAAAUGAAAAGAUAGUACAGCUACUUAUAGACAAAGGAAGUGAUGUUAACCAGGUUGAUGGAAACAGAGAUACACCUCUGACCGCUGCUUGUAGCGCUGGAAAUGAGAAGAUAGUACAGUUACUUAUCGGCAAAGGAGUUGAUGUUAACGAGAUAGAUGAUUUGGAACACACACCUCUGGUAGCUGCUUGUAGCAAAGGCAGUGAGAAGAUAGUACAGUUACUUAUAGAGAAAGGAGUUGAUGUUAACGAGGUUGAUAGUGUGGGAGAAACACCUAUAACAGCUGCAUGUAUAAGAGGACAUUAUAAGAUAGCACUUCUCCUUAUAGACAAGGUAGCUGAUGUCAACCAGGCUGAUAGUGAGGAAAGAACACCUUUAACAGCUGCCUGUGAGGGAGGCAAUGAGAAGAUAGUACAGUUACUUAUAGACAAAGGAUGUGAUGUUAACCAGGUUGAUGGUGUGGGAGAAACACCUCUGACAGCUGCGAGUAAGGGAGGACAUUUUAAGAUAGAACGGCUCCUUAUAGACGAGGAAGGUGAUAUAAACCAGGUUGAUAGUAAGAAACGAACACACCUUACAGCUGCCUGUGAGGAAGGCAAUGAGAAGAUAAUACAGCUACUUAUAGACAAAGGAUGUGAUGUUAACCAGGUUGAUGGUAACGGAGAUACACCUCUGACAGCUGCAUGUAUCAAAGGCAAUGAGAAGAUAGUACAUUUACUUAUAGGCAAAGGAUGUGAUAUUAACAAGACGGGGUUGAUGGGACACACAUCUCUGCUAGCUGCAUGUGGCAAUGGCAAUGAGAAGAUAGUAAAGUUUCUUUUAGAAAAAGGAUGUGAUGUAUACAAGGAAAGUAUUAUUGGAGAGACACAUCUAAUAGCUGCUUGUAAGGCAGGAAAUGUGAAAAUAGUAGAGUUACUUUUAAACUCAGGAUGUGAUGUUAACCAGGUGAUGUAUAGGACAAACUCACCUCUCCUAGCUGCUUGUAUCGAAGGUAAUGAGAACAUAUUACAGCUACUUAUAGACAAAGGAUGUGAUGUUCACUGGGAUGGUAAUUUGAUAGAGUCACCUCUAACAGCUGCCUGUGAGAGAGGAUAUGAGAAGAUAGUACAACUACUAAUAGACAAAGGAUGUGAUGUUAAUAAGGCUAAUGGUAUGCAAAUAACACCUCUGGAAGCUGCAUGUAGCAAAGGAAACGAGAAAAUAGUAAAAUUACUAUUAGAAAAAGAAUGUGACACUAAGCAGGCUGGAGAUACGAGACCCCCACCUUUGGUAGCUGCUUCUACAGAAGGAAAUGAAAAUAUAGUAAAAUUACUUAUAGACAAUGGAUUUGAUGUAAAUCAGAAUGGUUGUCAAACAAGGGGACCCCUGACUGCUGCUUGUGAGCAAGAACAUGAAAAGAUAGUUCAGUUACUUAUAAACAAAGGAUGUAAUGUUAACAAAGUUGAUGGUUUGAUGGAGACCCCUCUGACAGUUUCAUGCCAAUAUGGAAGUUCGAAUAUAGUAAAAUUACUUAUAGACAAUGGAUGUGAUGUUAACCAGGUUGGUGGAAUGUGGGAGACACCUCUAAGAGCUGCCUGUCGUGGAGGAAAUGAAAAGAUAGUGCAUAUACUUUUAAACAAAGGAUACGAUAUUAACCUGGUUGAUGGAGUAAAUAAAGAUACACUUAUCACAUAUGCGUGUAUGAGAGGAAAUAAACAGAUAGUACAGUUGCUUUUUGAACAGGGAUGUGAUGUUCUCUAUGGAGGCAGUAAGGAACAAACAGCUUUAAUAGCUGCUUGUCAGGAAGGGAAUGAGCAGUUAGUAAAGUUACUUAUAGACAAAAGAUGUGAUGUUAACCAGGUUGGCUGUUCUGAGACACCUCUGACAGCUGCUUGUAGGACACUCCAUACAAAUAUUAUACAAUUACUAAUAGACAAUGGAAGUAAAGUAAACCAAUGUGAUGGUAAGGGAAAGACACCUCUGACAGCUGCUUGUAGGACACCCCAUACAAAUAUUAUACAAUUACUAAUAGACAAUGGAAGUAAAGUAAACCAAUGUGAUGGUAAGGGAAAGACACCUCUGACAGUAGCUUGUUCUAAGGGAAACAAGAAUAUUGUACAGUUACUUUUAGAAAAUAGUUGUGAUGUUAAUCAAAUUAAUAAUUUGAAAGAGACGCCUCUGACAGUCGCUUGUUCGGGAGAAAAAAUACAGAUAGUAGAGUUGCUUAUAAGCAACAGUUGUAAUGUAAAUCAAGUUGUUGGUACGAAACAUACACCAUUGACAGUUGCUUGUUUGAAAGGAUAUAAAAAGAUGGUAAAAUUUCUAAUAGAAAACGGAAGUGAUGUUAACCAGGCUGAUGAUAUGGGAGAGACACCUCUGACAGCUGCUUGUAAAAAAGAAGAUGAGAAGUUAGUACAGUUACUUAUAAAAAAUGGCUGUAAUGUUAACCAGGUUGGCGGUAUGAAGCAGACACCUCUGACAACUGCUUGUUUUAAAGGAUAUGAAAAGUUAGUAAAGUUACUGAUAGAGAAAGGAAGUGAUGUUAACCAGGUUGAUGGUAAUGAAGAGACACCUCUGACGAAUGCUUGCAAGAUGGAAUAUGAGAAUCUAGUACAGCUACUCAUAGACAAGGGAUGCGAUGUUAACAAGUCAGAUGGUAUUAAACAUACUCCUUUGACAGAAGCUUGUUUGGAGGGACAUGCUGAGAUAGUAGAGUUACUUAUAGACAAUGGCAGUCAUGUUAACCAAGUGGAUGAUAGUAAAGAGACACCUCUGACAAUGGCUUGCGCUAUGAGAUAUGAGAAAUUAGUACAGUUCCUCAUAGACAAAGGAAGUGAUGUUAACAAGUCAGAAGGUAUUGAACAUACUCCUUUGACAGAAGCGUGUUUGGAGGGACAUGCUGAUAUCGUAGAGUUACUUAUUAAAAAUGGCUGUGAUGUUAACCAGGCAGAUAGUGAAGAUUUUACACCUCUGGCAGCAGCUUGUUAUAAUGGAAAUGAGGAGAUAGUACAGUGCCUUAUAGACACUGGAUGUGAUGUUAAACAGGAUGUCAGUACUGAGUAUACACCUCUUACAGCUGCGUGUAGAGUUGGAAAUUUGACAUUAGUACAGUUACUUAUAGACAAUGGAUGUGAUAUUGAUAAGGUUGAUCGUACAGGAGACACACCUCUUGCAGCAGCUAGAGAGAACAGACAUGAAAAUAUAGCCCAGUUACUUCUAGACCAAAGGUGUGAUGUUAGCAAGGUUUAA